AUGACCACCACCGCCGCCACCUUCACCUUCACCGUCGCCCUCCUCCUCCUCCUCCUCGCCGCCGCCCCCAACGCCGCAAAAGGCAACAGCUUCACCGUCGAACUAAUCCACCGCGACUCAACCCGCUCCCCCUUGUCGUCCCACCCGGACCUCUCCAAACCUCAGAGAGUCCGAAACGCCGCGGCUCGAUCCCUCGACCGAGCCCGCUUCCUGGAGCGCAGGCUCGGGCUCUCGUCCCCGAUGGACGCCGAGGCGCCCGUGACGGCCGACAGCGGGGCCUACCUUGUCCACGUGUCGCUGGGGACCCCGGCGUUCCCCAUCGUCGCCAUCGCCGACACCGGGAGCGACGUCAUCUGGACCCAGUGCGAGCCCUGCGCCGGCUGCUACAGUCAGACCUCCCCGAUGUUCGACCCCAAAUCCUCCACCACGUACAGGGAGAUCUCCUGCUCCUCCGAAACCUGCACCUCGCUCACCGACGAAGGCGCCUCUUGCUCUAGCGACGCCGACGACGUUUGCCACUACCAGGUAACGUAUGGGGACGGCUCUAACACGAGCGGCGACAUGGCGACGGAAACCCUAACCCUCGACUCCACCGCCGGCCGGAAAGUCGCUCUACCGAAGACAAUCUUCGGGUGCAGCCACGCGGGCGGGGGAACGUUCUCCCCAAACGCCUCGGGAAUCGUGGGACUCGGCGGCGGAGCCGCCUCCCUCGUCAGCCAGCUGGGGUCCACCACGGGCGGGAAAUUCUCCUACUGCCUCGCCUCAUUCGGCGACGACAAACCCAGCACACUCACCUUCGGCCAAUCCGCCGCCGUUUCGGGCGGCGUGUCCACCCCGCUCCUCACCGACCCUAGAAACCCGACUUUCUACUUCCUCCGCCUCGACGCCAUCAGCGUCGGGACCAAGAAGAUCGCCUUCACCGCCGGCGGCUCCGGCGGCGGCUCGUCCGGGGGAAACAUCAUCAUCGACUCCGGGACCACGCUGACGAUCGUGCCGAAGGGUGUGCUGUCCGAGCUGGCGGAUGCCGUCAGCAGCCAGGUCAGCGGCGGGACGCCCGUGCAGGUGCAAGGGCUGGACACCUGUUUCGAGGUGGAGGAUUCCGGAAGCUUCCAGGCGCCGACUCUGACCAUGCAUUUCGACGGCGGCGCCGACGUGGAGCUGAAGACCGGGAACACGUUCGUCGAGGCGGAGGAGAACGUGGUGUGCUUGGCGUUCGCCGGCUCGGCGUCGCUGGCGAUCUAUGGGAACGUGGCGCAGCAGAAUUUCAGGGUUGGGUACGAUUUGAAGGGAGAGACUCUGUCCUUCGAGCCCGCGGACUGCACUGCUGGCUCUUCCGCCUAG